CGAUGGCAGCCGGAGACGUGGGGAAUGUGCUGGACGAAUGCGCACUUAAAUUAAAUGUGAACACAUCGCACCCGGAAAACUUUCUAAGUCUUCAGGAUGGAGCAGCGGCAGACUUCACCUGUCUUACAAAGACACUGUAUGACCUCCACAAGUCCCAGGAGCCUGCUGGCUAUAAGGGCAGCCCCUUGGCCCAGCUGGUUGUGGAUAAUUUCGACGAGGAGCAGAUCUGGCAGGAGCUGGAGCUGCAGAACACUGCUGUAUUAAGACACUUUGAUAAUGUAGUCAGAAAGGCCAUCUCAGAUGACACAUUGAUCCUCCUCGAGGAUGAGGAGGAUGAGGAUGAGGAGUACUUUGAUGAUGAGGAGGAACAAAGAGAGGAUGACGAUCAAGAGGAGGUGGUUGAUGAUGAAGAUGAAGCAGAGGAGGAAGAAGAGAAUCCCUCAAAGUCCAAUAAAAAAGAUGAAGACGGGGCAGGAGAAUACACCGACGAGGACUCCGAUUUAGAUUUUGAUGUGGAUGCCUUGGAAGAAAGAGAAAAACGGAACCACAGUGUAAAGAAAGGCUCCAAGUCUAAGGGGCCUCCCUCAGAGGUGGACGACAGGUUCUUCAAGCUGUCAGAGAUGGAGUCCUUUCUUGAUGAGAUGGACAAGCAGGAAGAGAAGGGGGAUGGGGAGAACGAUGACAUAGACUAUUUUCGGGAUUUACCCUCGGAUGAUGAUGAUUUUGACCUAGAAAAACUUUCUGCCAGAAAGCAAAAGAAACAAACAACUCUAAAGAGCUCCAGGAAUCUGAAAUACAAAGACUUUUUUGAUGCUGUGGAUAAUGAUCCAGCAGAGGAAGGCAGCCAAUCAGAUGAUGAACAUGAUGGUAUGGAUGGAAUGCAGGAAGAUGAUGAUGAGGAACUUGAGGAUGAUGUUGACGAUAAUGAGAGCAUUUUUAAGGAUCAGGACCAGUUUAAGUCCAAGAAGGGCCAAAAAAAAGUGACAUUUGACCUCUCAGGGGAAGAGGAUGGUGAGGGAGAGGAUGUUCAAGAUAUUUUUGGAGGGAAGAGACCAAGCUCAGCCAAGCUAGAAAACCAGUCAUCAUUUGAGAAACGGCAAGAAAAGAUGUCUCAGAAGAUUCAGGAGUUGGAGAAUUCAGCACUAUCAGAGAAACCGUGGCAGUUGUCUGGAGAGGUAGCUGCCAAAACUCGUCCAGAGAACAGCAUUCUUGAAGAAGAUGUGGACUUUGAGCAGUCCUCCAGGAUGGCUCCUGCUAUCACAGAGGAAACCACACUACAGCUUGAGGACAUUAUCAAACAGAGAAUAAAAGACCAGGUGUUUGACGAUGUGGUGCGUAAAGUGAAACCCAAGGAGGAGGUGUUUGAGUACAAAAAGAGGCUAACUUUGGACCACGAGAAGAGCAAAUUGAGUCUGGCAGAGGUCUAUGAGCAAGAGUACAUCAAGCAGAACCAGCAAAAGACGGAGGAGGAGAAUCCAGCCCAUGUGGAAAUUCAAAAACUUAUGGAUACACUCUUCCUUAAGCUCGAUGCUCUGUCCAACUUCCACUUCACACCCAAACCACCCGUCCCUGAGAUGAAGGUGGUGUCCAACAUGCCCUCUAUCGCCAUGGAGGAGGUCGCUCCCAUCAGUGUUAGUGAUGCCACUCUACUGGCACCAGAAGAAAUUAAGCAAAAGAACAAAGCAGGCGAUGUGCUGGGUGACUCUGAGAAGACAUCAACCGACAAGAAACGUGAAAGACGCAAGAAAAAGAAGUUGAAGCACCUCAAGAUCAAGGAGAAAGAGCGGAGACAGAAGCUGAGAGAGGCCAGCAAAGCUGGAGAGAACAAAAAGGCAUCAAAGGCUGAAAUGGCAGAAAACCUCAAGAAAAUCACCAAAGGAGGCAAAGCUAGAGUGUUGAAGGACGAAGGGAAGGACAAGGCUUUGCGAUCUUCUCAGGCCUUCUUCUCACAGCUUCAAGAUCAGGUCAAAAGUCAGAUCAAAGGUGUCAAGGACCAGUCUGCAAAGAAGAAAAAACAAAAGGAGGUGUCUGCCAGCAAACUCAAGUUAUAAUUAUUCUGUUGAGGUGGCGUUGUGUAAUGGCAUAUUUCAUUGUACAGAUACUUUUUUUUAUGGGAAAGCCGCAUUAUGCUGAUCAGCCAGUGCUUGUAAAUGUUGUCGUUUACAUUUUAAUAAACGUGCACAGAUUUAUUUG